CCCCGCUGAGCGGCAUGCUGGUGGAUGACAUGCUUAGCAGGCGCCCGGCGCCAUUGAUACGUCAUCGCUAGGGGCGGGGUAGGCGAGCCGGCUGGCUGGCGAGGACUGGACCAGAACCCCAUGGAGACGCCAGGGGAGACUCGGCCCUGCCCCAGGGGCCACCUCCUGGACCUGCCCUGGGAGGACAUCCUGGUGCCACACAUCCUCUGCCAUCUGCCGCUGCGACAGCUCCUGAGCCUGCAGAGGGUCAGCAAGUCAUUCCAGACUCUCAUCCAGCUGUACCUGGCCAACAUGCGCUGCUUUGACUCUAGCCAGGUCGGCCCUCACCUCCCCAAAGCUGCUUUCUGUAACCUUCUGAAAGACAAUGAAGUCCUGCAACAGUUGGCGCUCCAGAACUGCUCAGAUUGGCUGACUGACAAGGAGCUGCUUCCUGUGAUUGGCCAGAACCACCACCUGCAGGAGAUCCAGCUGAGCAGCUGCCUGCAGCUGAGCCGACAUGCCCUGGUGGCCAUCUCGCUGAGCUGUCCCCAGGUGCGCUGUCUCUCCCUGGCUCACUGCGAGUGGGUGGACAGCCUCUCUCUGCGCAGCCUGGCUGACCACUGCAAGGGACUUGAGUCCCUGGACCUGACGGCCUGUCGCCAGCUGAAGGAUGAAGCCAUCUGCUACCUGGCACAGAAGUGCAGCAGGCUGAAGUCCCUCUCUCUGGCUGUCAAUGCCAAUGUGGGCGACACAGCAGUGGAGGAGAUUGCCAAGUGCUGCCCUGAGCUGGAGCACCUGGACCUCACCGGGUGUCUGCGAGUCAAGAACGAGUCCAUUAGGGUCCUGGCCGAGUACUGCACCAAGCUGCGCUCGCUGAAGGUGAAACACUGUCACAAGGUGGCCGAGUCCAGCCUGAGCAUCCUCCGUGGCCGUGGGGUGGAGCUGGAUGUGGAGCUGCCGCUGCAGAGGGCCCUUGUUCUCCUGCAGGAUGGGGUUGGAUUCGCCCCCUUCAUUAACCUUCAGAUCUAGAGGAGGGGGACGGCUGCUGCUGCUGAGGGGGGGAGAGAGCCCAGCUGGCCUCUGCCUCCUGCAGGGUGCUGUAAGAAAUUGCUGCUGAGACACUCAGAGGGAGCAGUCAGUCCCAUCAGUGUGGCUGGUCCUGAUGGGGCUCUCUGACCUCCCUCUACCCCCUGCCUCCUUGGUGCUCUUUAGCCACUGCUGUGUUUGUAAUGGGGCUCCCUCAUUGCCUCCUGGGGGAAGCAGCAGCCCUUUGCAGUGUGAAAAGCGAGAGGCACUCUUAGCAGCACUGUGGUGCUGAACACGUCCCGGCUGGGCCAGGUCGGCUGGUAAAUGGGAUAUAUUAUUUAAGCAAUAUUUAAAAUCUCUAAGUCCAGCAUGCUGGGCAUCGGCUGUACAGAGAGCAGGACACUGUGCAAGGACUAUGGCCAUGGACUGGCUGCAGAACUGUUGAAUAAACCUAACCACCUCUGCCCUAUUGAAGGGGAAGUGUGAGCUCUCCUCCCAGCCAGGACAGGGCUUGCUGAGCUGUGGGGGAGGGCAUCUCAGUGAUAGCUACAGCACGCUGGAAUGACCUUGUCAGAAACCAGAGGGCUCUGCUCCCUCUGGGUGGGCCAUCUCCCAACAGCAAUGGCACAGGCUAGUCACCCUGACCAUGCAGCUGUGGGUCCGGGCAGCUAGCCUGUACCACCCCUCGCUGCGUGUGCUACUGCAGCUACACCGCUGUUCUUAGCAUGUGGCUCGAUGAGAGCUGGGAAUCACAGCCCUAGCUCCAAGUGUGGGCUGGAGGGGAAAGUGACACUAGCCCUGGAGAGGGGGGGCCUGAUUCCCAACUGCUAUAGCAGGGAGAAGAGCAAGGCCUCUGUGAGUUCUUACUGCCGGGGAACUCAGUUCACAUCUGAGUGUGGUCAGAAGUGUAGCAAGCCUUCAUCCUGAGCUGUGUCCCCUGGUCAUCACAGGGCUGGUGGCUGCCACUCAGGUUCCAGCCGUGAAAUAGCAGGGCCCUGUAGGGGUGUCCUCAGCUGCCGGCCCCAUCGGGGUGCUGCAGAUCCAGCAGGAAUUGUGCUGGCAGAGGUGUGGGGAGCUCACAAUACCAGGCCUAGUCUCUAGCCUAAGCCCUUACACUCGCUGUGCAAACUACUAAAGGAGCUGCAUGUAGCCAGUCUGCAGGCACCAUCUCUGCCACACCCCUGCCUGGGGCAUGAGAGAGAAGGAUGCAGCUUGAGCCUCCAACCAACCAUGAGACCCUGAUGACCCUUCCCAGCAGCAGACAUGCUCUGUCUGAAUUCCACACUGAUUCACACCAUCUUUACUAACAGUCACAAUCAACACCAUUGCACACACAUUUAAAAAGACGGCUGUCAACUGCACUAGCCACACAUUAGCUAUAAAAAAUCCCCAUGCAAGGAAUGGCAGAGAGGUCCAGGACACACAGCAGCCGGGUUGGUCAAAUUUGCCAUAGCGACAGCUGGCUCUUGGCUGCGGAGGGACAAUUUGGAGGGUUACACAAACAGCGUUGCUGAACAGGCUCCUCCGUGGCAUCGUGCUAUAAUUAGAGGCUGACAGCAGCAUGCUGGCUCCCAGUGGUAGGUUAGUUCCAGUUAGAGGAGUAUAGAAGGCCCCUCUCACCCUUCCUGCCCCAGGGCUGUCCCUCCAUGCCUCAGGCAGCAGGGUAGAGGGACGUUCCCUCCAAGGGAUCGUCAUCAGUGGAAUUUGUAUUUCUUGGCUGGCUUGAGGCUGAUGUAAGUUCUCUUCAUCUCCUCACUCUCUGGCUUCUUAAUGUCUUUGUAUCUUUCUCCCUUUGUACUCACCACCUGGUUGUCAAUGUAGCGGAUCAGUUUCUUGGGAGCCUAGGAAGGAAGUGAAAUUGAUGUGAAGUGGAAAGUGAUAGGAGCCCUGGGUGGGUCUGCGGGGCAGGUGCAAUUGGCAUCAACUGAAAGGGUUAGGUUCUUUGUCUCACACGUUCUUUAAGAGCAGGAAUAGCUGAGCUCAGCGGCUGGAGAACGCUGUGUGAGUCUUGGUUAAAGAACUGGUAGGAAAGCAAGAUGAAGCCACUGGUGUAUACCUACCCCCUCGUGGGGAACCACAGCAUUAGGCUGAAGUGGUAAAUAGUGACAGCCCCUGCUGCCCAUCUUACACCAGUUCCCCCUUCCCUCCAGCCAAAAGCUCUAUGAACAGGGCUUUCACUGUGGCAGAUUCACUCUGCUGCCAACUGGUAGUUAGACCCCGUUACAGCCAAAGACUCUUAUAGCCAUGCCGAGCGUGGCUCUCCUCACCUCCUUUGGUGGCACCGGCCUGUGUGUUUUCUGGUCCUCCUCGCUGUCCACCAUCAUGUAUCUGAAACACAGAUGGGGAUUAGUGAAAGCUGCAACACAUACAACACUGUGACUAUCAUGGGCUACUCACAUCCCGUUUCCUUACCCCCCGCCCCAUUUUCAGUGUGACCUCAACACCUGCUGCCUUCCAUUUCCAGCUGGAACCUGGGGUUGAGCCCAGGACUAACAGUGGGAGGGAGGAGGUACUGCAGCAUCAAAGGCGCUAUCCUUCCAACGGGUGGGAUCCUGCACAGCCAGCUAAAGGUUCCUGGAGCCUGGGGUGACGUCCCAGGCCGUGUGAAGUGUACCUAAAGGCAGACUGGCUACUUGGUUUGCUCAGGUAGGCCCAGAUCACCAAGGUAUUUAGGUGCCUAGCUCCUAAAUGGGAGUUAGGUGCCUAAAUACUUUGGAGGAUCUGGGGCCAUAAUCCUUGCCUUAUCAAGAGUUGCUCAGAGAUGUAAGGGCCAAGUUCUGAUCUAUUUUAGGAAGCAGGUUUGCUACUUUCCAAUCUCUGUGGGCGGGCAGCAUCGACGACGUAUUCUGAGCACCACGCAGCUGAAGGACACGACAGUGGGUUCCUGGUAGCACAGUGCUGAAGUGACUGCAUGUCUCCUUUCAGAGGAGAUGACUCCCUUUCAAAACUUCAUGCACUAUAAUCCUUCACUAAAGGGGUUUGUUUGAGGGGUAAAGUGUCACCUCGCUCCACAUUUGACUGAUGCACAGGUACUUGCUCGCAGCACUGAUGAGUUGUUUACUUCUGUUCCCACUCUGGAGCCAAUACAACCAUGUGACAGCACAGCCAGCCUUGGUCAUUUCCCCCCCGAGCUAGAAUAGCUGCUCCUGUGUAUUUCCAGCUAGAGAACUGCUCUCAAUCACUGUGUUUGAGUUGUGUUGUAAGUGCAGGACCUUGCCAAUGCCACCAUUAAAGUGAGGUUAGCAUA